AUGCUCUCCGCCGUCAUCCGAGUGGCAGCUCGUUCAGCCGCCAUACAGUUGGAAGAAGUAGCUGCUUUGUCUGCCGCGGCAUCCGUCAACAGCCAAAAUACAAGCAAAGGCAAAGGCAAGGAGAAGGAGGUAGUUCUGGAUCCGGAAUCAAGUGUCGAUCAAGUACAAAAUGAUUUGACCAAAUUACAAACAUUAUCGGAUAUACUGGAACAACAUGAAUCGAGAUCGACACCUCUCCCUCCGGCUUCUUCUUCGACAUCCUCGAGGAAAUUAUCUCCUCUCGAUAGGUUGAUAGCCCAAGCUCCUCAUUCACCCCCACCACCCGCUCCUGACACACAUCCAGAUAGACACAUAGAAGCUGAACAACGUAAGAAGAAAGGUCUACCUCCUACCCCAUCCUCCGAGACUCUUAUUUCCCCUUCACCUUCAAAGUCUCGAUCCAAGACUGUUUCAUCGAGUACAAGCUCAUCUUCUAGACGACCACCGACAAAUUCCAUUGGAUCCUCACUCAAUGAUCUGAUCAAAGCUUCGCCUCGGCAGAAUCCACCGCCAGCACCUGACACCCACCCUGAUAGACAUAUAGAAGCUGAACAAUCUAGGAAAAGGAAAUUGCAAACCCCUUCUCCUUCUGAUUCCGCUUCCGCUUCUGUCCAAUCGACUGCUACAAAAGAGGAGAAACUCAAUCAGUCCAAUACAGCGUCUACAUCUAAGCCGCUGGAUGAGCUGGUGAAUGCAUCGGCUUAUUCUAUACCUGCACCUUCCGAGGGAACAUCAUCAAAUGUAGAAGCUCCGGCUACGGCCUCUGCAAGUACUCAAAAGUUUGGAAACGAUCUGUCGGUUCCAGCAAAGCGGCUAACGGAAGCAGCGCAGCCGACACAGCUAGAUACCAGCUCAGCGAUAUCUGACGAAGCUAGUGUUGUCCAGCCCAUAGAGACGGAAGAUAGAAAAGAUGAUCUGGGAGCGGAUCUGACAUCUUUAAGAUCUCAGCUGGACGACGAAGCCGAUACUCCAGUGGUUUUACGAGCAUCGAAAGUCCCUUCAUCAAGAUUAGGUAGAUUGUUCCAUUAUGGAUCUCUUGCUGCAUCUUUAUCUAUCGGAGCAGCAUCAGAGUCGAUUCGUCGUACUGCAGGAGGGAACAAGACUGGUGGAAGUGUACUCAUGAGUGAUGCGAAUAUAAGGAGACUGGUCGCUACUUUAGGAAGAAUGAGAGGUGCAGCGUUGAAAUUGGGUCAAUUCAUGAGUAUACAAGACAACCACAUGUUACCUCCUGAAAUCGAACAAGUCUUACAUCAGGUACAAGCUCAUGCGAAUUAUAUGCCUGAUUGGCAGAUGGAGAAAGUGAUGCGAGAAGAAUUCGGUUCAGAUUGGCAAACCCUCUUCUCCUCCUUCGACCGUACCCCCAUCGCAUCCGCAUCGAUAGGCCAGGUCCAUCGAGCGACGCUUGCCUCUACUGAUGAGGCCGUGGCGGUGAAAAUACAAUUCCCAGGUGUAUCGUCGUCUAUCGAAUCGGAUUUGAAUAACUUAUCGUUGUUACUUCGAUCAUCUGCAUUAUUACCCAAGGGACUGUAUUUGCAAAAUACAAUAGCAGUCAUGAGGAGGGAAUUGCAAGAUGAGUGCGAUUACGUCAUGGAAGCUGCGGCAGGAAGGAAAUUCGCGGAAUUGCUCAAAGAUGAUGAUUAUUUCUCGGUACCCAGUGUUGUGGAAGAGGGAACGACUGGACGGGUGUUGACCACUAGUUGGAUGGAUGGGAAACCUUUGAGUAAAGUCAGGGGAUUGAGCCAAGAGGCAAGAGAUAGGAUCGGUACCAACAUUCUUCGAUUAUGUUUAAUGGAACUAUUCCAAUUCCGAUUCAUGCAAACAGAUCCCAAUUGGGCGAACUUUCUCUACACCAACACGAAUGGUAAAGAAGGUAUCCAACUGAUUGAUUUUGGAGCUUCUAGAGAAUACACCAAGGAGUUUAUGGAUGGUUGGUACAGGUUGUUGAAAUCUUGCCUGGUGGGCGACCGGGGAAUGAUGAAAGAGGAGAGUCUGAAAUUAGGUUAUUUGACUGGUGAAGAGAAUGAUGUCAUGGUGGAAGCUCAUUUGGAUUCUAUGGCAUUGGUUGCGAGUCCUUUCUCGUAUUCCGGCAAAUACCCAUUCGCCAAACAAACCAUUACCGACUCUGUUCGAGCCCUUAUCCCUAUCAUGUUGAAACAUCGAUUAACCCCUCCUCCACAAGAAACUUACUCUCUCAAUAGGAAAUUGAGUGGUGCGUUCUUGAUGUGUGCGAAAUUGGGCGCAAACGUAGAUUGUCAGAAGCUUUGGGAGGAGAAUGUUGGGAAUUAUAAGGAAGGAUAG